GGAUUCUUUAGAUUUUUAUCAUACACACAUUUUUUCCCCUUUUGUUCAUAUAUACUUUUUAAGAUUUGAUCUUUGUGUUUUCUUGAUAUAUUUUUUAUCUCAAUGAUCAACAAAUCUAACGAAUUCAUUCGCCGGAUUUUGAAUUUUCCGGCUAUUCGUCCUGGUGAAACAGUGUGUUUUUCUAGCCUUGUUUCAUCUUUGAUCCAAUUAGGCCAAACAAUAUGUGAAUACAAGUCAAGAACUUUUUAUACAAAUAAGAAGAAUGUUAGGAAUUCGAUUCGUUUAAUUGAGGAUAUUCUCAUUGUUCUUAAAGAAAUCCCAAAUGGGGUUUCAAGAUUUGCUAAUUCAAGUAUUGUGAGCUUAUCUGAGAUUCAUUUUAUCUUCCACAAGUUUCAUUUCUUGUUAGAUGAUUGUAGCAGAGAAGAUUCAAGAAUAUGGAUUUUAGCGAAAUCCGAGGAUGUCUCUUGCCAGUUUCAGAUGCUGGCAAGAGCUGUUGCUGUGGCACUUGAUGCUCUUCCCUUGAAGGAAAUGGAUGUUUCUGUGGACGGUCAAGAAGUGGUUGAGUUUGUGAAGAAUCAAGCUGUUAAGUUGAAGUUUGAAGUGGAAAUGGAUGAUGUGAGAAUGCAAGUGAAUGUUUUGAAGAUUUUGGAUCAACUUGAAGAUGGAAUUGUUCCUGAAUCACAUGAUCUGAAAAGGGUUCUUGAUUAUUUAGGGAUUCGUUUGCUCACUAAAACAAGCAUUUUUAACAGGUCUUGUUUGGUGGAAGCUGGUGUAAUCCCACCUCUUCUGAAUCUUGUUACUUCAAGGGAUUCUUCUUGUCAAGAGAAUUCAAUGGCUACUCUGCUGAACCUCUCAAAGAACUCUAAAUGCAAAAGCACAAUUGUUGGAAAUGGAGGUUUGUUCUUGAUACUUGAUGUGUUGAAAGGAGGGCUAAAGAUGGAAGCUCGACAGCACGCAGCUGGUACAUUAUUCUACCUUACAUCAGUAGAAGAGUACCGUAAAAUGAUGGGAGAAAAUCCAGAGUUCAUUCCAUCACUUUUGGAGUUGCUAAGAAAUGGCACUGACAGAGGAAAAAAGAAUGCCUUGGUCACCAUUUUUGGCCUCCUAAUGCGCCCCGAAAACCACUGGAGAGUGAUUGCUGCUGGAUUAGUCCCCUUGGUGGUUAAUCUGUUGAAAUCUUUCGAAAGGGAAGAUCUCAUUACAGAUUCUUUAGCAGUUUUAACAACGCUUUCUGAAAGGCUAGACGGAGCAAUGGCUGUUCUUUAUGCUGGAGCUUUGCCUAUUAUUGUCAAUGUUCUAAGUUCUUGCAAUUCAAGGGCAUCAAAAGAGUACUGUGUCUCAUUGUUGCUGGCUUUGUGUAUCAAUGGUGGAGCAGAUGCAGUUCCUGUUUUAGUAAAGAACUCAUCUCUCAUGGGACCGUUAUAUUCCCUCCUGGCUGAAGGCAACUCAAAAGCAAGCAAGAAAGCUAGUACACUCAUCAGAAUCUUGCACGAGUACAACGAGAAGACCUCAUCUGGCUUGAUCACUCCAGUUUUUAUAGAGGAUCAAUUCAUUAAUGUAUGGUAAUUAUUUACAAGCAUCCAACAUGUAUAUAUACACCAUGGUGUAGGAUGCUUUAGUGUCAUUUUCCUUUACUGGUGAUAUCGGCUCAAGUUUUUAAGAGCUAGUCACACUACACUGCUGCAGCUUCUGGUUUUUUGAAUGAAGCUUUGUAUAGUUUUACUUGUAUCUCUAUACUUUCUGAUGUUAAUGUGAAUUGUUGUUAAUGUAAACAUCAAUCGUUGUAAUCUUCGACUAAAUAAUAAGCAUUAUCUUAUCUGAA